AUGUCUCUAAUGAGUAGGUCCAUAACGUGCGCUGCCUUAGUGGUUUUUGUGGCUAGAAUUUUAGGGCAACACAAUAGAUGCCAAGGGGAGGUUUUGGCUCCACUGCCAAUUGGGUUUGCAGUGUUCAUAGUUCACUUGGCCACAAUCCCAAUCACUGGCACUGGCAUCAACCCUGCUAGGAGUCUUGGAGCUGCUGUCAUCUACAACAAAGAAGAGGCUUGGGAUGACCAAUGGAUUUUUUGGGUUGGACCCUUCAUUGGUGCAGCCAUUGCAGCCUUCUACCACCAAUUCAUCUUGAGAGCAGGAGCUGUCAAAGCCCUUGGAUCAUUCAGGAGCAACCCCCAUGUUUGA